AUGCGACACCUGCCUCCCAUAAAUUCCCCACCACCGCCCAAACGAUACAAGUCCGAGUCGACCCCAGCGAGCGAUGCCGGCCACUCUAGAUACUACUCGCACUCCGUGGCGAGUGAUCGAGUCCGAUCACGACAACCGUCUUCCGCAAUGGACUUGUACACGCUGAUCGACAGAGAUCCGGUCGAUAAAGAUCCUCGCAGGAACGCUCGUUUUGCUAGCAAUGGAUCGGUGGCCACACAGGCAUCCCACACGUCAAACACAUCCCAAUUAUCGCGAUCAUCUCCGAUUAUAAUUUCUGAUCGCAAGAUACCCGAGAAAUACCCGAAUCACAAAGAGAACGGCCGAAUGUAUCACGGCUAUCGGAAAGGAAUCUACCCGCUCCCGUGCGACGAGGAAGAACAGGACCGUCUCGACAUAUUCCACAAACUGUUUACCGUUGCACGGGCCGAGGAUGGCUUGAUCUAUGCACCACAUCCCCCGGGGUCCAGAAUUCUCGACCUGGGUUGUGGAACGGGUAUAUGGAGCAUCGAAGUUGCGAACAAAUUUCCGAAUUCCUUCGUGGUCGGUGUUGACCUCGCGCCGAUCCAACCGGCCAAUUUCCCAAAGAACUGUGAUUUCUAUGCCCCGUUCGACUUUGAGGCGCCCUGGACCUUGGGAGAGGAUUCAUGGGAUAUCAUCCACAUGCAGAUGGGAUGUGGUAGUGUUGCAAGUUGGCCAAGUCUCUAUCGACGGGUCUUUCAGCAUCUCCGGCCGGGUGCCUGGUUUGAGCAAGUCGAAAUCGAUUUCCGGCCCCGCGUUGAGGACAAAGAUGGUGAACCGGGACGCGCUAUGGCUAGCUGGUACUCGACCUUGAAGCAUGCAACUGAAGCCACCAUGCGGCCCCUGGCCCACAGCUCCAACGAAACGAUCCGGAAUUUGCAAGAAGCGGGCUUCACCGAGAUCGACCACCAGAUUGUGGGAUUGCCUAUGAAUCCAUGGCAUCCUGAUUCCCACGAGCAGAAGGUUGCGCGCUGGUACAAUUUGGCUAUCUCUGAGAGUGUUCAGCCAUUGUGCCUGGCUCCUUUCAGUCGGGUUCUUUCUUGGUCCAGGGAGCAGAUUGACCGCAUUGCAUUCGAUGUCAAACAGGAAGCUUUCGACAAAAAGAUCAAAACGUACAACCUUCUGCACAUUUAUCAAGCGCGAAAACCUCUUGAGGAAUAA